CUGACCAAGCACACCUUCAAAAUGAGAACCAUCAUUGCAUUCGCUACUCUUAUCGCAGUUGCUCUCGCAGCUCCACCGCAAAGUGUACCCCAAGCGGUACUCGUUAAAGAAACUCCCUCUGAUAAUGUCGGUCUUGGUAGUUACAAUUACGGUUACCAAUUAUCCGACGGGCAAGCCAAACAGGAAUCCGCAGAAUUAGCUGAGGGAGGAACUGAAGGUCCAUUCUUGAAGGUUCAUGGCAGUUUUUCCUUUGUUGAUCCACUGACCAACGCUGCAUACACUGUAAAUUACGUUGCGGACGAAAAUGGUUUCCACCCUCAAGGAGAGCAUUUACCAACUGUCUAAUUUAUUAAGUCUGACUGCUGUCGAAUUACCGGAAAGAUGAUUACCGUCAUGUCACUGGAAAAUUGUUAUUAAUUUGUUACGAUCCAUGACUGAAAUAAAAUUACUGUAAAUAUGUACUUUUACCAUUUUCGUGUCACCUCCUGCUAUAUCAACUACGAUAACAGCCAAAAAUUAUC